AUGCCGGCAUGGCUGGCGUCUGCGCUGCCCUUACCAGCCUCUCCCACCUGUGAACGGCCCUUCGUAACUGAACCUAUUGCGGUCGCACAACUGGUCAACUCCAGCCCAAUUGUGAAGGUCGCUUCUUCCCAAGUUCCUGUCCGUAAGCCGGCAGGCAGGGUCAUCGCUCCAGGUGGCUUCCGUUUGCCGAGCUCGGCGUCUCCCCGAGCAGUCCAACCGCGUGAGCGGUCAAAGUCGAAGGUCACGCAUGUAGCGGCUUACGGUCAUCCUUCCCUGGAAGAGGACGAGUGGUCGACGCUUCCACCAAAGAAGAAAACCCGUGUGGAGAAGACGAGCGCAGGAAUCAAGCAAAGCGGCGUGUUCAAAUUACCGGGUGCGCUGGCCAGGCGCGCUGACCAGAGAGAUGGUGUGGCUAGUGGAGGCGAUAACAAGCGUAGAGUCGUUACGUAUUUACCGCCCCCUAUGGCCAAGAGGGAAGUUCCAGACUGCGACGAUAGUGAUGCGGCUAUACGGCUAUUCAAGGUCACAUCUGUUACGCGAGGUCGAAGCUCGUAUGGACGGUUGAGGGAAGAUAACGAAACUUGGCAGAGAGUGACAGGAAUCGACGACGCCUUUGGGGAAACGGUCGAGGUAUAUCGCAAGCGGUCGGACGGCGACGGCCUUCCGCCAACGUCAGCAUCACGUCCAAGACGCUUCGACGCCACGAAGACCUUACCCUCGCCACCGCCGUCCGAUCCUCCCUUCGACGUGCCCGAAGUUACGAAUGAAGCUGAGGUUCCUCUUGACGUCGACAUAGCUGGCGUUGAAAGAAGAUAUGCAGGGACGAAACGAGCCGUCGACGAGGUGCAUGGAGUCACUCCGUAUGAUACUUGGUCCCGGUUCGAUGCCUAUGCAGAACGUAUACAGCUUCUGCGCCAAGUGUACAGGCCUGGAUGCUUCGGGCUGAAGGUCGACCAUGCGGUUAUAGUCGAGGUCUUCCGAGCCAGAGGGAAGGUACUGCUUCCGAACCUGCGCGAGCUACAGUGGCAACACGAGACAGGCGAGCUUCUCGACGGAACGUUGGCCUCGACAAUCUCCGCCUUGCUGAACAGUCGCUUGCGCUGCCUCAAAGUUGGCGCUGUAGCAUGCUACUCUCAUUACCUCACGCAGCUUGCCAGGGCCCGCGGCGGGGACGCACUACUUGACAACUUCCUCAAAAGUUUGUCCAGGAGAGUCCCGGAUCUUGAAACCCUUGUGCUCCGGGGUUGUUCCUCGAGAUUCGACAUAACGUUCCUAAAGCAACUUGAUUGGCUUCAGAACAUCUCCUUCUAUGAGGACUUGGUACCCGUGCAGUAUGCGCAAUAUGGAUUGACCCCUUUGGACCUUUCCUCGGACGUCUCACGUUGCAAACUCGUAAAUCUCCGUCUAAGCAACUCGUGCAAGAAGUCGACAUCCUCGGGAUGUGAAUCUGUCUCUCCAAAGCUUGGGAAGCUAUUUCUUGAAGCUGCCUCUUCUCAGGUAGUGCAAGACAUGCUGGCUACAGUAUCGUCCCGGCGUCUGUCCGAAUUCCACUACUUGGCUAGAGACCCGUACGUUAUUACUUCCAUGGACCUGCAAGAGGUGUGCCAAGGACUACUAGCAUUCAAAGAUACCCUGCGGGUCCUCGAGAUCUGCGUGAAACCGCGACCCGGUCCCACCACUGACAAACUGGUGCGUGAGGCGCGACUGUCCACGCUUUCCUUCCGCUCUGUAUUCUCCACGCUCCUCCGGUUCCGCAACCUCGAAGGGCUGACAUUAGAACUCAACCCCAGCCGAGUGCCCUGCGUAACCCUCAGCGAUCUCGACUUUGAGAAGCUUCUCACGGCCUACCCCGCAUUGACGAAUUUGCACCUCGACGUGCCCAACAGCAGCAUAACCUACCGCAGCCUCGCCCGCCUCCCGUCUCGCCUCCCGCACUUGAGACACCUCCAUUUAUCUCGUGUCGUCGCCGAGGAACUGGACGACUCGAAACUCGAAAUGUUCGUCGCACCUGCUGGGACGCUCACGUACCUGUCCAUCUCGCGGCUCCGAUGCCACGAUCCAGCCAAGGUGGCGUGGUGCUUGGACGGUCUCUUCCCUCACCUGGACGUGGCGUGGAUGGAGGCGGUCAGGGCUCUGGACAGCAGGCCCCUGGCACACCUCAAGAGAAUCCAGGCUCAAAGGCAUGAAGCACAGAAUCUCAUCUCUUUCGAGUAA